AUGCAGUCGGCAGGGAAGCUGGCCAUGGCGGCGGCGAUGGCGGCGGCGACGUUGGCGAUGGUUGACGGAUUUGCGCUGAAUGGAGGGAUGGCAACAUGCGUGUCUGCGAUGAGAGCGGGAAGGAGCUCUUGUGUGAGUGUGAGGGCAGGGAGGAGAUCAGCAUCGCCGACUAUGGCAGAGGAUUUUUCGGCCAGCAGGAGGAAUGUCCUGUUUGGCCUGGGGGCGGCGGCGUUUCUGUUCGUAUCCCCUGCGCACAGCAAGGAUGCGAUAAACGACUGCGAGAAGUGGGCUCCUGGUAGGAAGUGGAUCACAGGGAAGAGCUGUCAGGAGAAAGGAAGCAACGAGGUGAAGGGGACCAAGAAGGAUCCCAAGUAUCUUCGAUCGAUCCAGAACUGCCGGAACGAGUACUGCACCACAUACGAGCAGUGCACGUAUCAGAUCGGGCCCAAGGAGGACUACGGAGGGUUUGUGUUCUGA